CGAGCUGUCCGGAUGUAGCUGACGUCACCACACAUUCUGUUGUAAACAUGGCGUCCGUGACAACAGCCACCUCAGAGUGGAUUCAGUUUUUCAAGGAUGCUGGUAUCCCAGCCGGCCUGGCAGUCACUUAUGCAGUCUCCUUCGUGGACAACAGAAUUCACAAGAACAUGCUGAUGGACCUCAGUAAAGACAUCAUGAUGGACCUCGGCAUCACAGUCAUCGGCGACAUCAUUGCCAUUCUUAAACAUGCCAAGCAGGUCUACAGGCAGGACAUGUGCAAAAUGGCCACAGAAGCCAUCUCCUCAGGACAGACCAGCGUUAAAGCUGAGCUCAGAAGAACUGCCAAUACUCCCGCCACUCGUAUGAUUGCCAACGCUUUGAGCAAUGACUCCCCGCCAGCCACUCCAGCCCGUCGACCCGACAACCGCCUCUCAGUCACAGUAUCCAACAUGCAAGCAAACAAGAGUGGCAAAACAGUUGUAAGUCAGCCAGCUGAUGAGGGGAACGGUUUGCCAGCAGUGAAGCGCCGACGCGUGACAGCUGAGAUGGAAGGCAAGUACAUCAUCAACAUGCCCAAAGGCACCACGCCUCGUACACGCCGCAUCCUGGCCCAGCAGGCCAAGAAAGGUUUGAAACGCACCUCUGUGUUUGCACGACUUGGGGCUGAAUCAAAGGCAGACACAACAACAAGCAAUAACAAGCCCACCGGUGUGUUCAGCCGUCUUGGCAGAGGGGAUGAAGAGGAAGAUGAGCCAAGGCCAGGCAAAAUGGCUGGAAACAUGGAUGUAGAUGACGAGGACGACAGUGACGGAGAAGGCUCCGUCCUCCAGUAUGCUGGUGUCCUCAAGAGACCUCCUCCCUCCCAGAAGAGAGAGCCAGCCACAAAACCGGCCCCGACUACCCUGCGGCGCCUGGGAGGCAAAUUCAAACUACCUCCCUCUGACACUCCCACCUCCUCCUCCUCUUCCCCUAAUGGCCUCCCCCCUGCAAAGGUUAGCGUGCUUCAGAGACUGGGCAAGCUCCCUGCCACACACCUGAGCGCCGCUGUGACACCCACACCUGCUGACACACAGGACAACAGAGUGACCAGCACCAGGCCCAAAGCCCAGGAGGGGCCGACCAUAGCAAGCUCCAAGGUCACCAGCAGCACUGGCGGCGGCGGCGGAGGAGGAGGGGGAGGAGAUUCUCUGUGUGCCCAGAUGGACAUUGGGGCUAUCAGUGUUUUUAAGAGACUGGGCAGCAAGAGAACCUAACACACAGAUCCCUAAACAUUAUUCAGACUCUUUCUAUGCGUCCUUUAUAGAAUUUGUAUCACCACGUUUUUUGCAUUUAUCCCAGCGACAUGCAGAACUGCAGAUUGGAGUGUUUUUACUUUUUUUAGCCCGAGUGUAUGGAUGGUUAUAAUGCUGCUUUGAUGCUUUAGAGUUACACUUAGAUAAACAUAGAUAGUAUUUUUAUUUUUUUUUUACACUUGCGUCAUGCUGCCAUUGGAAAAUCACUUUUGUUUUAGUGUCCAAGCUUUUACUUUAAAGACUGAAAUCCCUCGGUGUAUAAUGUUGCUCAACCAGAUAAUGUUGCUCAACCAGGAAGCUAUUUGUCAUGUCUGUCAUAUCCACCAUUCAUCAUUUUAAAAAAAAUGAUAUGUAUUUAACUAUAUUUGUGAGCUUAAGGCAUGAGCAUGACGUCAACCAAGCUGCCAUAAUGGUGGUUUUAAUUUUACCCUGUAACUCCACAUAUAAGGAUGCUGCUGCCUAAACUUCCCUCUUCUGACGGUCCUCCUUAAUGAAUAGAGCUGAGUGCUUUAAAAUAUUCCUCUAAGAUUAAUUACGUGGUCAUUUAGUAGAUAUUUGCCUGAAAGUGAAUUAAUUCUGAUGUUGAAGGUACAGAUAGAUGUGUUUCCCACACCUCAGGCAAUAUAAGUUUAUUCUUCAACACAGGACAGCAGUGGGACGUAAGACUAGCCAUGAUGGUUGAAUAUUUCCUCUUGUUACCUUUACCACCUCAAAAUUACCUCCUCUCUCAUGUCUGGAAAGUAGAAAAAAGGUUCAUGAAAUGGCCUCUUAAUUUCAGCCCCAGACUUGUGAUGAAAAAAGUACAUUCAGAUGGUUACACAGAACGACCUCUCUGAACACUUGAAUCAAGAUAAUAAGCACUGCAUCUCCUCUUCUUCUUCUUCUUCUUCUUCUUCUGCGCUUUGUGGAGUUGAAGUUCUCACCUCUGAACUAAACGAACGUUUUCUAUAACCACCUACUUGAAGGCCGGGUCAGUAGAAUAUUGUUUAUUUUGAAAUGCAAUGUAUAGAUUUGUUAGACUUGGUUUCACACAGCACAGAACCAGUUCUGCUGCAUAUUUUUCUAUGUGGACAUUCUUGUAACAUGUAUCCAUGUAAAGAAACUCAGAGAUGCCAUCGGUCCUGGUGUCAGGGGGCCACUGGAGGUCUCGGUAGGGAGUUCACCUUCACCCAGUGUGGGUCAUAAACACCUGUGUACUACACCGAUCAGGCACAACAUUAAAACCACGGACAGGUGAGGUGGACAUUGAUCAUCUGGUUACAAUGUUCUGAUGGAAAGCCUUGAGUCCCGGUAUCCAUGCUCCAGCAGGUCAGAGCCAAGUCUGAUCCACGGUUGACCUUUAAGCCAUGGACACAGGACAUGUUUUGCAGUGUGGCAUGGUGUAUUGUCCUGCUUUAGGGGCCAUUGGCAUGAGUGGGUGCACUUGGUCUGCAACAGUGUUAGGGUGGCGUCCACUUGAACGCCAGGAGCCAAGACUUUUCAGCAGAACAUCACAUUUUAACAAGACGAUCAGUGUUAUUCACGUAACCCACCUGUAGUUUCAAUGUCAUGGCUGAUCGGUGUAUCUUGGUCUGUCUUCACAUCAGAACUUUGCUACACUGUAAAUAUUUGAAAUGUUUAAAAUCACAUUAAGGAAUUUUUAUUGUCUUAAAAAAACAAGGUAAAAAAAACACAUCAUGAAAUACCCUGAUUUUUUUAAAAAGAAAGGGGGGAAAAUUCUGAAUUUGAACAAAGUGUGCUUGGAAAUGAAUUAAAAGAAGAAAAGGGUCCAAACG